AAGCGUGGGCAUGCCUACGAACGUAUUUCAGUGGUGUUCUAUAGGAAAACAGAUCACAGUCAAUGUGGUUUGAACAAAAUGAAUCAUCAUAAGACGUUGAGGAUUGAAAGAAGCCUCGGGCUGGCUGGGAAUUCCGUGUGGUAAAACAGGUGCACCAUAAGAAAGUGACCAAUGGCAGCAAGGCCGUGUCGCAGCACGGUCGUCAUUGUACGUCAUCACUCGAGGGGGGAAGGAAGGAAAAUACGAAGCAACUGAGGGCUGUCAAGACACCUCGCCCACAAAAAGCAGAUGCAGAUGCGACCGGGCGGUGAACACGUGCGACGUUUUUUUUGUGACGAUCUCGCGUACUCGCGGGUGCAAUGUUCAAAAUGAUGUCGCGAACCGACGCCCUAGAGGAGAUAUCCACUUGGACAAAUAAUGACGUGUUGUGUUUGCUGCAGAGGAAUGGUCUGGAAGAAUGUUGCAGGACGAUAACGAAACGGCAGAUUCGCGGCUACGAAUUAUUGCACUUGACGGAAGGGAAGCUGACUCUGUGGAAGAGUGACCUCACACCUCCAUUAAAAUGGAGUCUCUGGAACUUCAUUGAAGAGGUAAGAAGAAUACCAGAGAAGUUCGUCAUGGAAAAGCUGGAUUCGCAGAUGUAUGAUUCCACGAGCGAUUCAGAGCCUUGGACAGACUUCGAAGACGAGGGUAAUGAAGACAGUCCUUCAUUACCAGAAACUCAGGAAGGACAAUCUAAUCCUGGAAAGAGAAGUGACCAAAAAACCUUGCAGAAUAGUACUACAAAGAAACCGAUGGAUGGAGGUAUGGUCGGUAUAUCCAGUCCGAAAGAGGAAGAGCAAGGAACUUACGCAAAUUGUGUCGCGAAUUACCAAGAGCCGCGGAGCCUGGCAACGAAGAAUGUAUCGAAAUUGCAUAACCAGGCGGAGAAGUCCUUGGCCGAACAGCUGAAGGAGCAGUUGAAGCUGAUGAACAUUAAGACUAAUACAACAACAGAUCCCAAACAUGACUCAUUACAGAUUAGGAAGACCGACGCGAAGCCGGUAGAUCGCAGCCAACCGCAGAAAUCGUUUCUGUACAAUGCUCUGAAACCAACACCACCACCAAAACAGAUACCGCAACCGAAAUCGACACCACAACCAAAAUCUAUACUGCAACCGAAACCGCCACCGAAACCAAAUGUUCCUAAUCAAACACAAAGGAGGAUGGCAGUGCCCCCACCGCCAGAGCCUAAAAAGGCCAAGGGUCCACCUAUGAUAAUGGAGAAGCCAAACAAGGACCUAGCGAAGCCUUCAAUGAUCCCGAAGAAUCUUGACCUUGUUGCUAAUUUACCCGCGCAAACUGAAGAAAGCGAAGACGAGUACGAGGCAUUCGACGAGGAAAUCAUCGAGCAGAAUCAAAAGAAAAAUAUGUUUAGGGUGGACAGUAAACAGUCGUUAACAAGUGGCAAUCAGAGUUCUGUGGAAAGUGUUUAUCAGCCGCCUAGCAUCACUAGCUUCGACGAGGAAGAAGAAUAUCCGUAUAAAAUUUAUGAAUCGAUUACUGAAGCGUCGGACGAUAAUUGUUAUUACUUAAGCCCUAUUCAGAUGACACAGAAUUCGAUUGCACCUCCGCCGUUGCCUAUAAAGCCAUCACAUUCUUCCGCUAGUUCUUCUCCAACAUCGAGUCGGACGAGCUUGGAAAGAUCUAAUGAACGCUCUCCUGAUAAAAAAUCAGCAACGCUACCACACUCGAACAGUUAUACCUCGUUAUCAUCUGACAGAGCCACCCGACCACUGCCACCACCUCCUGAGAAACACUUCUAUUUCGACAAGCCGUGGUUCCACAAUAUUACGAGAGACCAGGCGAUUGCUCUCAUUACAGAACAAAAUACUUACGGAAACCCGCAAGAUGGAUACUUCCUCCUGAGACCAUCAACAACAAACGUAAACAACCCCUUGGCUUUGGUCCUUUGGUACAAAGACAGGGUUUACAACGUUCCGGUCAGGAAAAGGCCAGACAACAGUUACGCUUUGGGUUCUGCUAAAGUGAAUGAGCCGUCCUUCGCCAGCGUGGACGAGAUUGUGAUGUUCUACACAAGGGAAGAGCUGGUACUCCACGGUGGAGGAGAAUUGGGUAGAACAAAGUUAACUGAUACGCCCCCGAAAUAAAUAAACAAAUAAAUUUCGUUGGAAGCCUCCUUCAAUCGAAAUGAAAGGAGCCUAAGAACAAAAUCGUUGUGUACCACUUAAAAUCGUCUAUUGCAAUGCAAAUAGUGCCUAGGAAUUCUAAAAUAGGUUCCAUUUUACUUAUUAUAGAAUUUUUGAUACGCAUAUCAAGCUCAUGAAGUGCCUUUUUAUCUACGAGAAAUUUGUGCACCGCGAGAGAAACUUAAUUUUGUAUAAUUUUUGUGUACUUUAUAUGUCUACAAAGUUCUGAGGCACUUGUAUACACGUAUAUGUAAUUAGAUGUGUUUAGUACAUGGAGGAAGAGGAUCUCUUAUAAAAUGGACUUGUAUAUUUUUAAUAAAGUACUAUACGAUUUUUACAUUUUUACGAUAA